GAAAACCCCACCUAUCAAAUUGAUUCCGCGAGUAGCACGCACUGGGCUGGGAAGUCUUAUAAAAUAUAUACAAAUUGCUACUUACUGCGAGAAGAGCUACCAACUUGGGGAAGGGAGGGGGAAGGUCCAGUCAUGGAUAAAAACCCGGUUAGAGAUGAUGUCCUGAACCAAGAAGAGAAAGACGGCAGCGGCGGCGGCAGGCGGAGACAACGGGUGGUGCUCUUCCCGCUGCCGCUGCACGGUCAUCAAAACCCUAUGCUUCAGCUAGCGAAAAUUUUGGACGGAAGAGGCUUCUCCGUUGUCGUCGUCCAAACCCAGUUCAACUAUAUCGACCCUUCCAAUUAUCCGCAGUACUCUUCUUUCACCAUUCACUCCAUCUCCAAUGGCUUCUCCCAGAGCGAAGCUUCCUCCAUGGACGUUGUCACCAUUCUGUCUCUCCUCAACCUCAACUGCGUCGAGCCUUUUCGGGACUGUUUGGCUCGAUUAAUGGAAUCCAAGGAGGAUGCAGAGCCAGUUGCUUGCUUAAUCUCAGACGCCGUCUUGCAUUUCACCCAGGCCGUUGCCGACAGCCUUAAUCUCCCCAGGAUCACGUUGCGGACCAGCGGCGCCUCUUCCUUCCUCGGUUUCGCUGCCGUUCUUGUUCUGCGAGACAAAGGUUACUUCCCACUGAAAGAUUCAGAAUUGGAAGAGCCAGUACCAGGGCUCCCGCAUCUCAGGCUCAAAGACCUUCCUCUGAUCAACGCUCCAAACUUGGACUCCUACCAUAAUCUACUGGAUGGCAUGAUCGGAAAAACCAGAGCCUCUGCCGGCCUCAUCUGGAACUCCUUCGAAGAACUCGAACACGACGCUCUGUCCAUCCUCCGCCACGACUACGGUAUCCCAACCUUCCCCAUCGGCCCAUUUCACAAACUCUGCCCCCUCCCCUCCGCAUCCUCCUCACUCACAGCCGACCCCAGCGCCACCGCCUGGCUGGACCACCACCCCGCCAAAUCCGUAGUCUACGUGAGCUUUGGAAGCCUAGCCGCUCUAGACGAAUCCCAGUUCUUGGAGCUGGCCCACGGGGUGGCCCGCAGCAACCAGCCCUUCUUGUGGGUGGUUCGCCCCGGGCUCGUCCGCGGCUCGCACUGCCUCGAGGCGCUGCCCAAAGGGUUCGCGGAGGCAGUGGGCGGAAGGGGGCAUUUCGUGAAAUGGGCUCACCAGCAGGAGGUGCUGGCCCACGAGGCGGUGGGGGCAUUUUGCACGCAUGCCGGAUGGAACUCGACGCUGGAGAGCAUUGGAGAAGGGGUGCCUAUGAUUUGUGUGCCUUGUUUUGCGGACCAAAGGGUGAAUGCGCGGUAUGUGUCCUACGUUUGGAGGGUAGGGGUGCAAGUGGAGUGGGGGAUAGAGAGAGGGGGGAUAGAGAGGGCCAUCAGAAAAGUAAUGGUGGAGAAGGAGGGGGAAGAGAUUAGGGACAGGAUUGGGGAUUUGAAAGUGAAGGCCAAUCUUUGUGCGAGCCAAGGUGGCUCUGCUCACAAAGCUUUGGAGAACUUGAUUUCUCAUAUCUCAGCGUUUACCUAACUUGGUUCAUUUUCCAGCUUGUUUUUCGUGUAUUGCGUUCCCAUUUGGAGCAAUUCUGAGUUAUUUCACAUGAGAAACAAUGUUUCUCCGCAUUUAAUCAUUUGACAAAUUUUGUACUCAUUUUGUUUGUUUCAUGUAAGAUGUGUUUUUAGUGAAGGGUGUGUUUGAAUAGAAUCUAAGUUACAAAAUGAAUUGAGCUAAGUUGAAGAGU